AUGAGUGCUCUCCUGGAAACCUCCUUGGGCGAUAUCGUCAUUGACCUGCUGGUCGACGAGUCGCCCAAGGCCUGUGAAAACUUCCUCAAACUUUGCAAGCUCAAAUACUACAAUUUCUCCCCGAUCCAUACCGUUCAGAAAGGCUUCACCCUCCAAACCGGCGAUCCACUCGGUCCUGGAGCCCCCGAAAGCGAUGGCGGUUCUUCCAUUUGGGGGGUGCUGGACGGCCCGUCGAAGAGAACCUUCCCAAUCGACCUGCCGCCGAAGCUCAAGCACACCGAACGCGGUACGGUGAGCAUGGCAACGGCUGCAGCCAAGAACGACCCCGACCAGAGACUGGCGGCAAGCCAAUUUCUCAUUACUCUGGGCGACAAUCAGGACCAUCUAGAUGGGAAAGCUGCUAUUUUUGGAAAAGUGGUCGAGGGCUUCGAUGUACUGGAGAAGAUUAACGAGUCAUUUGUGGAUGAGCGUCAACGUCCUUUGAAGGAUAUUCGAAUUCGCCAUACAGUCGUGCUCGAUGACCCUUACGCGGAUCCUGCUGGGUUGGUUGAGCCGGCAGAGAGCCCGGUGCCAUCCAAGGCCCAAUUGGCUACUGUGCGCAUCGCGGAUGAUGAGGAACUCGAUGAUAAUAUGGACGAGGAGGCUAUGGAGAAUUUGCGCCGGGAACGCGAUGCUCGCGCGCAGGCAUUGACUUUGGAAAUGGUGGGUGAUCUGCCAUUCGCUGAUGUCAAGCCGCCGGAGAAUAUUCUCUUCGUCUGCAAAUUGAAUCCUGUCACACAAGAUGAGGAUCUUAACCUGAUCUUUAGUCGCUUUGGUACAAUCCUCUCAUGCGAAGUGAUUCGCGAUAAGCGUACCGGCGACAGUUUGCAAUAUGCAUUUAUCGAGUUCGAUAAUCAAAAGGACUGUGAGCAGGCCUAUUUCAAGAUGCAGGGUGUGCUGAUCGACGACCACCGCAUCCACGUCGAUUUCUCCCAAAGUGUCUCCAAGCUUUCAGAGAGUUGGCGCAACGCUACUGUCACCAAGCGCCGCCAUCGAGGUGGCUUCGGUGGUGUUGAUGAUCUUGAACAGAAACGCCAGUAUCGUGAGACAGAGGAUGCCCCUACAUAUGAGGAUGACGAGUCGUACAACAUGCUUUUCGACAAGUCCCGCAAGAACAAAGACCAAGCAUCCAACCAGGCACUCAAGCCUGCUCAGCCUCUUCAUCGCAAUGACCGUGACCGCAGCCCCCGACGAGAACGAGACCGCAGUCGCGAUCGAUACCGCCGGCGAUCAAACAGCCGCAGUCCACGCCGAGACUCGCGACGUGAUCGGGAUCGCCGAGAUGAUCGCCGAGAUGAUCGGUACGACCGGCGACGAUGA